CAAACUGCUGGAGGAACUCUGCAGGUCAAACAGCAUUUGUCUGGGUCGGAGUGGGGGCAGAGGCAGAUGGUGGUAUGUAGAAUUGUCAGUGUUUUGGGUUGAAAUGCUGAAACAGAGUGACCCUGCAGGGAUGUAAGCUGACAGCUGGGAAUAUGGAAUAGUCUGUUUUUCCAUAUGAGGCCACUUGGUUUGUUGUGCUUCUGCCAGCUCACAGGGUAGCCCCAGGUUUUCCUGUCGUUCAUUCUCCCCAUAUUUCCAUCAACUCCCCCCAGAUUCUACCCUUUACCCACACACUAUAGGGGCAACUUAUAGUGGCCAUUUGACCCACUAUGUUGCUAGAGUGUGGGAGGGAACUGGAGCAUGCAGGAAACCCAUAUGGUUACAGGGAGAAGGUGCAAACUCCACACACAGACAGAGGAGAGGUUGGAGAUGGCGAGCGCGAAGGAGAGGAGGUUUGAGAUUAAACUCGGGUCUCUGGAGGUGUGAGUCUCCUCCACCCAUGUAUUCUGCCUUCCCAACAAAGGUGCCUCAACCUGAGCUGUGAACUGUGUAAAAAGACUCUCUUAAUCGGCAUGCAGUGUUCAACCAGUUUCUCGCUCAUCCAUCCCCCAUCAUUUCUGCCCGAGACGAUUGCAAUAUCUCCUGUAAGCUGCUUAAAAUCAAAAUAGUGGUAAAGAAAAAGGAUUAGAGUAAGACGAGAGAGAGCCAAAGCAGUGGUGAUCUACACCUAACUCAUCUAAGCCUGCUGUCUCUGUCUCUGUCCCUUUCUGUCUCUCCCCCUCUCUUUCCAUCCUUUUCUGCCUCUUGCUCUGGUCCCUGCUACACCCUCUGCUCCCCCCCCCCCCACAACUGAAUGUCUCAACCUCUCCUCCAAACCCUUUCUUCACUUAUCCUAAGACCCUAGAAUUCAUUAAAGGAGUCCUCUCUCCACCUCUCUCUCUCUUUCUCCCUCCCUCUCUCUCCACUUUUUUUUUUCCUGUCAGGUUAACCUUCGGGCUGGAUUUGACCAGAGACUCCUGCUGUACUGCCUGCGUUUCACAGGUCCAUCAGAAGGAGCUGACAGGCUGCCGUCGGGAUGUGAAGGAGCUGCUAAAGGGCGGGAGGAUCCUUGGAGCACCGCCAUGUCCCCUGGACUAGCCUUCCCCCUCCUCCACCACCACCUCCUCCUCCUCCUCCUCCUCAGGUGGUUUACUGCCAGGGGAGGGCAGCUGGCCCUCCUGCUGGUGCUCGGCCUGCCACUAGGGGCCUGGCCCGCCACCUUCAAGGUGGGCCUGCUGGGGCCCUGGGCCUGUGACCCCAUCUUUUCCCGUGCCCUGCCCGAGGCAGCGGCCCAGCUGGCCACGAAGCGGGUGAACCGGGACCCCUCCUCUGGCGCUGGCUAUUGGUUCGACUACGUUCUGCUGGAGGAGGAAUGCCAGGCCUCUCGAGCCCUGGCUGACUUCGUCCGGCUCGAGCGGCGCGCUUCUGCCUUCAUCGGGCCACUCAGUCCUAGCUACUGCAGGGCAGCUGGCCUGCUAGCAGAGGCCUGGGACAAGCCCCUCUUCUCUUGGACCUGUCCUUGGUCAGGAGGGGAGGAAGAGGAGGAGGGGGGCCCCUCUGCUCCCACCACCUCUGCACGGACCCUGCCCCAUGCUGCCCGAGUGCUGUACACCGUCCUGCAGCACUUCCGCUGGGCCCGGGUGGUGGUGGUCAGUGGUGGCCAGGGCGGCUGGGCUGCUGCAGGCAGAGAGCUGGCCGCCUCCCUGCGCCGCUGCGGCCUCUCGGUGCCCCUGGUCCUCACCAUGGGGGCAGGAGCCCCGGGGGCGGCCGGUGUCCUGAGGCGCAUCAAGGAGGUCAGCAAAGUCAGAGCGGUGAUACUCUGCAUGCACUCAGUGUUCCUCGGGGGCAGCGAGCAGCAACUACUGCUGGAGGAGGUGAAGCGGGAAAAUAUGGAUGACGGUUCCUACGUCUUCCUUCCUUAUGACACCCUCUACUACAGCCUUCCCUACCGCAACACCAGCCAGAUGGUGCUGGCCACCAACCGCAGGCUGCGCCAGUCCUACGAUGCCGUGCUCACCAUCACCAUGGACUCCAACGGCAAGGAAUUCCCCGAGGUGCUGGGAGAGGCCGUAGAACGGGGCGAAGUCCAGCUCUCACUAGAGCCAGCGCAGGUCUCGCCACUCUUUGGAACCAUUUACAAUGCGAUUCUCCUCCUGGCCAAGGCCACUGAACUGGCCUACCACAGAGCCAGGUGGGUGACAGGGCGGACGGUGGCCUGGCACGCCGGUGAGAUCGAGCUGGAUGGCUUUAACCAGCAGCUGCGCACCACCAAGGACGGAGAGGUCCUGGCUGACUACGUGCUGCUCGAUACAGAUGGGAUGGGGAGCAAACUCAAAGCCACACAUUCCAUCGACCUGGCGACAGGCAGCCUGAAGCCACUUGUGCAUCCCAUCCAUUUCCCAUUUGGCCUGGUUCCCAACGCGGAUGCCAGCUGCUGGUUUGACGCCAAGGAAGUCUGUGUUGGGGGAGUGGAUGCUGCCUUUGUCCUGCUGAUUUUCACCCUGGUGUCUGCUGGCAUUCUGGUCAUGGCAGUACUGACUUACUAUCUCAGGAAUCAUAUCCAGAGGGUUCACCUCCUGAGAGGCUCUGAGAAGCUGCUUCUAAGCAUGGAUGAUUUGGUGUUUAUCAACACACAACUUAGUUGGAAGAGACUCAAUGGGGAGACCGAGAUGAGCGUCAGUGGCAAAAGCAUCUCCGACUUCAAAGGUACAAAAACUCCAAAAGACUCCAUUUCCGGUAAAAGUGUGAUGAUGCUCACAGCGGAGAACACGAACUUGGCCAUUUAUGAGGGGGACUGGGUUUGGCUGAAGAGGAUUACAGAUGGGUCCUUUGUCGAAGUCCGAUCAGCAACGAAGAUUGUUUUCUCCAAGCUCCAGCAGAUGAGACACGAGAACGUGAAUCCGUUCCUCAGCCUCUUUGUCGACUGCGGUAUCCUUGCGAUUGUCACAGAGCACUGCUCCAGGGGGAGCCUGGAGGAUCUCAUCACAAAUGGGGAUCUGAAACUUGAUUGGAUGUUCAAAUCAUCCCUCCUGCUUGACUUGGUCAAGGGCAUGAAAUUCCUUCACCAUCGAAACCUGAUUCAUGGGAGACUGAAGUCCCGGAACUGUGUAGUGGACGGCAGGUUUGUGCUGAAGAUCACGGACUAUGGCUACAACGAGCUGCUGGAAGUGCAGAAGGUCACUUGGCUGAUGCCUAGCCCAGUGGAUCGGCUCUGGACAGCACCGGAACUUCUCCGAGACCCCAGUCUGGAGAGAAGGGGGACGUUCCGGGGGGAUGUCUACAGCUUCUCCAUCAUCAUGCAGGAACUGAUCAUUCGGGGACCUCCAUUCUCCAUGCUGGACCUCAGCCCCGCCGACAUCGUGAAGAAGGUGCAGAAGCCUCCCCCUCUGUGUCGGCCCUCCGUCUCGGUGGAUCAGGCCCCUGUGGAGUGCAUCCAGAUCAUGAGGCAGUGCUGGAGCGAGCAGCCAGACAGGAGACCGACCUUCGAGCAAAUCUUUAACCAGUUCAAGAACAUCAACAAGGGUAAGAAGACCAACAUCAUCGACUCCAUGCUCCGGAUGCUGGAGCAAUAUUCCAGCAACCUGGAGGACCUGAUCCGCGAGCGGACCGAGGAGCUUGAGAUCGAGAAGCAGAAGACCGACAGGCUCCUGACGCAGAUGUUGCCAGCCUCUGUGGCCCAGGCAUUGAAGACAGGAGACCCUGUGGAGCCAGAACACUUUGAACAGGUCACUAUCUACUUCAGCGACAUCGUUGGCUUCACCACCAUCUCUGCCAUGAGUGAUCCCAUUGAGGUCGUAGACCUGCUGAACGAUCUGUACACUCUGUUCGAUGCCAUCAUUGGCUCUCAUGAUGUCUACAAGGUGGAGACAAUAGGAGAUGCCUACAUGGUGGCAUCUGGCCUGCCCACGCGUAACGAGAACAGGCAUGCAGCUGAGAUCUCCAACAUGUCCCUGGACAUCCUCAGCAGCAUCGGCACGUUCAAGAUGAGGCACAUGCCAGACGUCCCCGUGCGGAUCCGGAUCGGACUGCACUCAGGUCCCUGCGUGGCCGGAGUGGUGGGUCUGACCAUGCCUCGUUACUGCCUGUUCGGAGACACCGUCAACACCGCGUCCCGCAUGGAGUCCACUGGACUGCCCUACAGAAUCCACUUAAGUCAGAAUACAGUCAGAAUUCUGAGAAGUUUGAACCUUGGCUACAAAAUAGAUCUGAGGGGGAAAACGGAGUUAAAGGGAAAAGGGAUAGAAGACACCUUCUGGCUCGUAGGACGUGAGGGAUUCAACAAGCCACUCCCGACACCUCCCGACCUCCUGCCUGGCGCCAGCAACCACGGACUGAAUCUGGAUGAAGUCCCCCCAGAGAGGAGGCAGAAGCUGCUGAAGGCCAGGAAUAUGAUAUAGCAUCCCCAGACAUCGUGACUGUGACAGUGGAAGGGAAGAGACAACGGCCAGUGGUUGGGGCAAGCCCUUCUCUCGAUCAUCACCACUCCGCUGGACACCCCACCCCCCCCCCCGCCUUCCCCUCAGUCCUAACUUUACCACACCCCCACCCCAACCUACCAGUUGUAGGAAUUAGCUCCUCUCCCAAUCCAACGACUACCGAUCUGAGCAGCCUACAUUCUGGCACACGCAGUCCUGGCUCAGGAGGGGUGGGCGUGGAUUGUUCCUGUUGCACAGGAGACAAACCGCCCUAUAAACUUUGUACAUAAUCAGUAUAUAUAGUGGAUUUCACAUAUUCCUGUGAAAUCUGUAAAUGUGGAUUUCAAAGAGGCUGAAAUACUGUGCAGGGAAGACCUCAGUGGCUGAAUUUUCUGUAUUGUUGUUGAAUUUUAUAAAGUUAAAAAGGCUCGAUGAAUAAAGAAAAUUCCGUGAAAUUGUUUAUUCACUUCCUCCAACAACUGCUCGUGGUUUGUAGUCCUUCACAGGGUCAAGGAGAGGGAUAAACGAGGUGGCAGAUGCUGGAAUCCAAAGGGAAACACACAAAAUGCUGCGUCUAUUGAAAUGGAUAAACAGUCGAUGUUUCAGGCCGAAGCCCUUCUUUGGGAUUGGAAAGGCAGGUGGAAGCUGCCAGAACAAGAAGUUGCGGGGAGGGGGAGGAGGAGGAAUACAAUCUGGCUGGUGAGAGGUGAGACCAAGUGACGGGGAAGGUGACUGGGUGGAGUAGGGGGAGGUUGCUAGGUGGAAGGGGUAAAGGAGUCUGACAGGAGAGGACAGUGGAUCAUGGUUGAGAGGAACCAGAGGGAGAUGAUAUGCAGGUGAGGAGAAGAGAAGGGGAUAAGAGGGAGGACUGUUCCCUCUAAGCUGCUGAUGUGUGUAGCCACACGGUAACAGAAAUGCUGCCAUGCACAGAGCCUUCAUUGCCACGCAGCUGAGAAAGGGAAAACUGCCAAAGGGUCUUGGCCUGAAAUGUCGAUUGUACUUUUUCCAUAGAUUCUGACUGGCUGCUGAAUUCUCCAGCAUUUUGUGAGUGUUGCUCGUAUUUCCAGCAUCUGCAGAUUUUCUCUUGUUUGUGAUUGCAAAAAUCAAAUUCAAUUCUUUCCCCGUUUGUACAUUCAGGCCAUUUUUGUUUUAACUAUCAUUUCUGUUAUUCCAUGGUAACAUAUCACUUUCAUUCUAAAUGAUCAAAAAUAUAACACAAAAUAUAAAAAUACUCCAAUGAAUUAUCAUUUUCUGUAAUCAGCAAUACUAUGCUUCCAAGCAGUUUCACUGCCUGCUUAUGGCCAUGUCUCCAUGCAACUUAAACACUUCACUCACACAAGCCACGUGGGUGAAAACAGGCUUACUUUUCACUGUUUCAAACAAACAUAUAACUCAAAGAAUUAUACAGAACUUCAGAGAAAAAUAUUUAAAAGUUUUUCUGAGAACACUAAUGUGCCAAUGCACUUAAAAUUCCAAUUAUUUUCCUGAAGAAGGGAGAUGAAGAGUGAAACACACAGGCUGUACUGUUUAAUCCUCAAUAACUUUAACAUUUGUAUGUUUUUAAAGUAAAGUUUUUAAAGUCCUUUUUUCUCAACAUGAAAUGAUAUUUACAUUAAAUAAAUUAUUUUAAGUCUUUUAAAAAUAUUGAACUGUUAUUUAUAAUUAAAUUGGACAGAUUUCAACCUUGUUGCAUAAUCACUUGGAUAAUAGAUUUUCUCACAAUGAGUUAAAAAGAAUGGCAAGAUUUUGACCCUGUUGGAAUUGCAAAUGCAACCAGUUCUGAAUUUGGAAAAGAGAAUGUUGUAUGCCUGACAAAAAAUACUCGGGUACUGAUACAAUGAAGGAGUUGCCUCUAAAAUAACACAGCAAUAUUGUGCUUUCAAAUUGUCGUUUCUGAGAAACUUUCGACAGGGUCAAUGAAGGAGUUCGCUGAUACGUUGAACUACUUGCUUAGAAAUGAAGAACCUGAAGAACUGUCAAUUCUUGUUAAUGUUAUUGGAACGUUUCAAGCUUCUAGUGCUCACUUGGAAAUGUAGAUUCAGUCUUACGAAUUUGAUCAAAUGUAAAUCCAGAAGCAGACUAGAACCCUAACCCUCACCCUAACCCUGACCCUGACCCGAACCGAGAGUGAUGUAGGAGUGAAGUUCCAGACUGAUCUUGGAGUAGGUUAAAAAGUCAACAUAAUAAUGUGGACGGAAGGGCCUCCAUCAGUCAGAGUCGACCAUGGAUAUUGUGUCCUAGCUGUCUAGAUAUGCAAGCCUGGGCAAUACAACAUGGAGAGCAAGCUGUUGCCCUUGGAGCAAGCUCCCCUCUCCACGCAACUGAGGGACCCGGGAACAGCAGAGACCGAUACAGUUUGGUAGCAGCAGCAUCACAGGAGUCAAUAUUGAACUCGACGUAGGACUGCCUUAGGGACUCCAGCCCUGGAUUUUUCCCUCAGGGUUUACUCCCGAAGUCGAACCUGUGAGUGGGCAGCCGAUGUCUGAGAUCAGGGUUUUCCUUCUGCUAGAUGAGCUGCCAACCAUGGCUGAUGAGCCCAAUCUGUCCAAAGCAACUGGUUUUAAGGCGCCAGUAACCUGCCUUUGUCCCUUUUCCUGUCAGUAGAAACAGUUCUGCUGGGCUUAGUUGCCAGCCAGGAGGCCAGUGUCUGGACUUGUUUGUCAGGGGCUAUUUGAGUCACACGCCAUUGGGAGCAUUUAAUAGAUAGUGGGAGCUUGUCCCCAUUACCACCCUUGGAUAUAACAACCUUAAGGAACUGUGUACAGUUUAGAAGGCCCUACAAGGGAGAGAGCAAAACUGCCCUACCCUUUGGAACAAGGGCAGGGCAAAUAAGGGAGCUCCCAUUGGGGGAGCUUCCUCAGUACAGUCACCAUGGCUGUGUUAGUUUUAACUUAGUUAUGGAGAAGACCAUAACAUACAAGAGCAGAAUUAAGCCAUUUGGCCUAUUUUAUCAUGCCUGAUUUAUUUUCCACCCAACCUCAUUCCCCUGCCUUCUCCCCAUAACCUUUGACACCCUUAUUAAUCAAGAACCUGUUAACUGUUGUUUUAAAUACACCCAAUGACUUGGCCUCCACAGCCACCUGUGGCAAUGAAUUCUGAAGAUUCACCACCCUCCAGCUAAAGAAAUUCCUCCUCAUCUCUGCUCUAAAGGGACACCCUUCUAUUCUGAGGCUGUGCCCACUGGUCCUAAACUCCCCCACUAUAGGAAACCUCCUCUCCACACUCACUCUAUCUGUGCCCUCUG